CCCUCACUCAGCAUUUUAAUUUUCUCAUAGUCCAAACAGAAGUUAAUCACAAAGAAGAAAUGGAUCAGUUCAAAGGCCAAGCUCGUCUCCCGAAAUUCGCUGCCCCGAAACAAUACGAUAUUCACCUGAAACCUGACCUCUCCGCCUGCACAUUCUCCGGCACCGUUUCAAUUCACCUCGACAUCGUUUCCACCACUAAAUUCAUCGUCUUAAACGCAGCUGACCUCUCCGUUAACUCCAACUCCGUUAGCCUCAAAACCUCCUCUAAGGUUUUUCAAGCGGUGAAAGUUGAAUUGUUUGAAGCUGAUGAGAUUUUGGUUGUAGAGUUCGGUGAAACUCUUCCGAUUCAAUCCGGAAUUCUCGGGAUUGAAUUUGACGGUAUCUUAAACGAUAAAAUGAAAGGAUUUUACAAAAGUUCUUAUGAGAUUGAUGGCGAGAAGAAGAACAUGGGAGUUACGCAGUUCGAGCCAGCUGAUGCUAGGAGGUGCUUCCCAUGUUGGGAUGAGCCAGCUUGUAAGGCGAAAUUCAAGAUUACAUUGGAGGUGCUGACUGAACUAGUGGCACUUUCUAAUAUGCCUGUUGUUGAGGAGAAAGUAAACGGACCUCUGAAGAUAGUUUCCUAUCAGGAAACACCUAUUAUGUCUACUUAUUUGGUUGCUGUUGUUGUUGGUUUGUUUGACUAUGUUGAAGAUCACACAUCUGACGGGAUCAAAGUGCGAGUUUAUUGUCAAGUUGGCAAGGCUGAUCAAGGGAAAUUUGCAUUGCAUGUUGCUGUGAAGACACUUGAAUUAUACAAAGAUUAUUUUUCUGUUCAAUAUCCUCUGCCCAAGCUGGAUAUGAUAGCAAUCCCGGAUUUUGCAGCUGGGGCAAUGGAGAACUAUGGCUUAGUUACAUAUCGUGAAACAGCUUUGCUAUUUGAUGAUAAGCAUUCUGCUGCUUCUAACAAGCAGAGGGUUUGUACUGUUGUUGCACAUGAGCUAGCACAUCAGUGGUUUGGCAAUCUUGUAACGAUGGAAUGGUGGACAGAUUUGUGGCUUAACGAGGGUUUUGCAACAUGGGUGAGCUAUCUUGCAGCUGAUAGCUUGUUUCCAGGAUGGAAAAUAUGGACUCAGUUUCUUGAUGAAACUACUGCAGGUCUGAGGCUAGAUGGCCUUGAAGAAUCCCACCCCAUUGAGGUUGAGAUAAAUCAUGCUAGUGAGAUUGAUGAAAUCUUUGAUGCGAUAAGCUACAGAAAAGGUGCCUCUGUCAUCCGAAUGUUGCAAAGCUAUCUUGGUGCUGAAAGCUUUCAGAGGUCACUUGCCGCAUACAUUAAAAAAUAUGCUUACUCAAAUGCAAAGACAGAAGACUUGUGGGCGGCCCUUGAGGAGGGAUCUGGUGAGCCUGUGAAUAAGCUUAUGAAUUCAUGGACAAGGCAAAUGGGGUACCCUGUUGUAUCUGUCAAACUUAAAGACCAUAAACUGGAAUUUGAACAGUCGCAAUUCUUUUCAAGUGGUUCCCGUGGAGAUGGUCAGUGGAUUGUCCCAAUAACUUUGUGCUGUGGCUCAUAUGAUGCGCACAAGAGUUUCUUAUUGCAAUCAAAAUCCGAAUCUCUUGAUGUGAAGGAAUUCGGCCUUGUGGAGAACCGGAAUACUUGGGUAAAACUUAAUGUGAAUCAGACUGGUUUCUACAGGGUAAAAUACGAUGAUGACCUAGCAGCUGGACUUAGAUAUGCCAUAGAGAAGAAGCGCCUCAAUGAAAUGGACAGAUUCGGCGUUUUGGAUGAUGCAUUUGCCCUUUGUAUGGCUCGGCACCAGCCUUUAACCUCCUUGCUUACUCUGAUGAAUGCUUACAGGGAGGAACUUGAGUACACUGUGCUGUCCAACUUGAUCGCUAUAAGUUACAAAAUCAUAAGGAUUGCUGCAGAUGCAACUCCUGAAUUAUUGGAGUCCAUAAACCAGAUUUUUGUUAACCUUUUCCAAUUUUCUGCUGAGAAACUUGGCUGGGAUCCUAAGCAAGGUGAAAGCCAUCUUGAUGCAAUGUUGAGGGGAGAAAUUUUGACUGCCCUUGCCGAGUUUGGACAUGGUCCAACUCUAGAUGAAGCAAAUAGGAGAUUUUUUGCAUUUGUAGAUGACAGAAACACGCCACUCCUCCCACCUGAUAUAAGAAAGGCGGCAUAUGUGGGGGUAAUGCAGCGUGUCAGCACGUCAAAUAGAUCGGGUUAUGAAUCUCUUCUGAGAGUCUACAGAGAGACGGACCUAAGCCAAGAGAAAACUCGAAUUCUAGGUUCAUUGGCAUCAUGUCCAGACCCCAAUAUAGUCCUUGAAGUCCUGAACUUUGUUUUGACUCCUGAGGUUCGUAGUCAAGAUGCUGUUUUUGGACUUGCUGUUUCCAAGGAAGGGAGGGAAACAGCUUGGAUAUGGCUGAGGGAAAAGUGGGAUUACAUUUCAAAAACCUGGGGUUCUGGAUUUCUAAUAACCCGUUUCGUCAGUGCAGUAGUCUCACCAUUUGCUUCAUCUGAUAAAGCUGCGGAAAUAUCAGAAUUUUUCGCAACCCGGUCGGUGUCUUCAAUUGCAAGAACCUUGAAGCAGAGCCUUGAACGGGUCAGCAUUAACGCGAAGUGGGUUGAAAGCAUUCAGAAUGAGAAACAUCUCGCAGAGGUUGUGUCAGAACUAGCACACAGGAAAUACUAGGGAUCCAUUUUCUUUCCCUUUUCAUUUUUGGUUUUAGCGAAAGUUAUGAAGUUAAUUUUAUGUUCUUUAAGGAUACGAAACUAAGAACUAAAGACUUUGUGUCUGGAAUUUCAUUUGGCUCAAUAAGAUUCCAUAAACUUUUUA